GCGUUAUUCCUGUUGUUCGAGUCGUCGUCAGGCUACGGCCUGUUCGAAGUCAAGGCGCUGGACGAGUUGGCGCAGAGCUCAGACGCUGUCCAAGCGUCCGUGGCGGAUCUCACGCGCUUCAGCCAGGUCGUCAAUCUCUCCGCAUUCAAACCCUUCAGCUCAGCGGCGGACGCGCUCGAGCAAUGCAACGCCGUCUCUGAAGGGCUGCUGACCCCGGAGCUGCAGAGCUUCCUGGAGAUGAAUCUGCCCAAGGCCAAGGCCAAGGCGGGCAAGAAGCCGUCGUACCAGCUGGGCGUGUCCGAGUCGAAGCUCGGCUCCGCCAUUCAGGAGACGGCGGGCGUGCCGUGCGUCAGCAACGACCUCGUCAUGGAGCUCAUGCGCGGCGUGCGGCUGCACUUCGCGCGGUUCGUGAAGGAGCUGAAGGAGGGCGACGUGGCGAAGGCGCAGCUGGGGUUGGGGCACAGCUACAGUCGCAGCAAGGUGAAGUUCAACGUGAAUCGCGUGGACAACAUGAUCAUCCAGGCCAUCUCGCUGCUCGACACGCUCGACAAAGACGUCAACACCUUCUGCAUGCGCGUCAGGGAGUGGUACUCGUGGCACUUCCCCGAGCUGGCGCGCAUCGUGACGGACAACUACACGUACGCGCGCGUGGCGCGGCGCGUUCGGGACAAGGCGACGUUGACGGAGGAGGCGGUGGCGGAGUUGACGGAGAUCAUCGGCGACGAGGAUAAGGCCAAGGAGGUGCUCGACGCCGCCAAGGCCAGCAUGGGCCAGGACAUCUCACCGAUCGAUCUGAUCAACAUCGAGGCGUUCGCAUCGCGCGUGGUGGCGCUGGUGGAGUACCGGCGCGACCUGCACUCGUACCUGACGGCCAAGAUGCACGACGUGGCGCCCAACCUCGCCGCGCUGAUCGGCGAGAUGGUGGGCGCGCGCCUCAUCUCGCACGCGGGCAGCCUCACCAACCUCGCCAAGUACCCCGCCAGCACCGUGCAGAUCCUCGGCGCCGAGAAGGCCCUCUUCAGGGCGCUGAAGACGAAGGGCAACACGCCCAAGUACGGGCUCAUCUUCCACUCGUCCUUCAUCGGCCGUGCAUCCGCCAAGAACAAGGGGCGCAUCAGCCGCUACCUCGCCAACAAGUGCUCCAUGGCCUCGCGCAUCGACUGCUUCUCAGAGGCGAGCACGAGUGUGUUUGGGGAGAAGCUGAAGCAGCAGGUGGAGGACCGCCUCGAGUUCUACGACAAGGGCGUGGCGCCCAAGCGCAACCUCGACGUCAUGAAGGCCGCCAUCUCUGCCGCCAAGGCCGAGGCGCAGGCCGAUGCUGACGUCGGCUCCAAGCGCCCUGCAGAAGGCGAGGCAGCAGCAGGUGGUGCAGCAGAGGGGUCACCAAAGAAGAAGAAGAAAAAGGCGGCGGGGGAGGCGGACGGGGGGACGCCAGGCAGUGGCAAGAAGAGCAAGAAGAAGGUCAAGGAUGAGGCCGCAGGGGAGGCAGCAGCCAGCGACUUCUACCCGCAUCGAUCCACUGCCGCCACUGGCGCGCCCGCUGCCGGCGGGGCAGCCGCCGAGCCACGCCCCUGGUUGAGUGCGGCGUGCGCGUGGGCGGCGCCGUUCGCCCUGGGCGCCGUGCUGGGAGCGGUGGCGUGCUCGCUGCUGCUGCUGCCCCUCGCGCUCACGCCGCUGGACGCGCAGGGAGGAGACGAGGGGCUCCUGCUGCAAUCACACGCGGACACGUGGCAGGAGGGGCAGGAGGCGUGGCAGAGGGGAGCGGCAGCAUCGUUCGACCAGCGUGUGGUGCCUCACCCACGUGCCUCUGCUGCAAGUGCCGCACUGCCGUUGGCGCCCCUCGCCGCCGUUGACUCCGGCACUGCAUCUGUCAGUGGUGGUGCUGCGGGUGAGAGCGAUGGUGACACGGAUGCAGCAGAGGCGUGGGUGGGAGAUGCUGCCAUGCCUGAUCUGCAAGGCAGGUGGGUGUCACGCACGCCUGCUACCCGCACGCACCUCUUGUGCCCUGCCUUCGCCCACUCGCCUAACCUCCUGGCUCUGCACGCUCUUCCGCUCCUCUCUACUGAUUCCCCUCAACGCCCAUCCAUCGCUGUAUGUGUGCGGCACGGCACCCAGCAGGCACCAUGCACGCUGUUAGCGCGCCUCACAUGCUUCCCCUCUCUCGUCGCCCCGCCCAUGUGCAUGUGUGCGCCCCCUGCCAGGCACCCAGCAGUGCGCGCGCUGGUGGAGGCGAACGGGCAGGUGAUGCGGCAGCAGCAGCAGGCGGUGGCGCUGGCAGAGGAGGACGAGAGGGGCAUGCACGAAGUGCUCUCAGCCGCCCUGCAGGAGCUGGAGAGGGAGCUUCUCAUGCCACAUGGCACCGUGUCAUUGGUGCAGCUGGAGUCCCUGGCGGCGCUGGCAGAGGCAGUGAGGGCGAGGCAGGGGGAGGCAAACAAGGCAGGCGCGGAGGGGCAGGUAGCAGCCGGCGCAGCAGGCGCAUUGCAGGCAGCAGAGCAGGCGCUGGUUGGUGCUGUGGCAGCGGGGGGAGGGCAGACGGCGGACUUGCCAUCCCUUGUCAGUGAGGCACAGGCGGCUGGGCGCGUGGGGCGCAUGGGACAUGGUGCAGCAGGGACGAGCGCGGGAGAGGGGCAGUGGGAGGUUGCAGCGGAUGGGGAGAUAUGGGGCGGUGGGAGGGAGGGGAUGAGACGGUGCAUGGUGGUGCAGUGUGCGGUGGAGAGACAGCAGCGGGCAGUCGCUGCAGGUGCGUUGAGGGUGACAACACACAGGGCGGGCUGGGCUGGCUUGGGGGAUGGACGUGGGAAAGCACGGCAGAAGGAAGGGUGGCAAGUGCGUGUGACAGUGGUGGCAUGUGCGUGUGACAGUGGUGGCAUGUGCGUGUGA